CAGAUGAAAAACAAGUGAGAUUUUAUCAUAUUCUUAAUGAAGUAUUCAAAUUUGCCUAUGGAAAACGAUCAGCAUUGGGCGAUGAAUAUGAUUCACAAACUGAGAAAAAUCAAGAAAUUGAACGAUUAUUGAAUUUAAUUCUUUCUCCUGAAUAUGCAGAAGAAAUUCGUCAACGUGUUAAUGAAGAUAAAGCUCAACCAUUGAGUUAUUACGAACCAAUGUUUGAACCUCAAACAGAUCAUGGAACUAGCCAUUGUUCAAUUAUUGAUGCUGCAGGAAAUGCUGUUGCAGCUACUAGUACAAUUAAUACAGAUUUUGGUGCUGUUGUUUAUGGACACAAUACAGGUAUUAUAUAUAAUAAUCAAAUGGAUGAUUUUUCUCAACCGGGUUUAUCGAAUUAUUAUGGAUAUGCACCAAGUCCUGCUAAUUUUAUCAAGCCAUUUAAACGUCCUAUGUCAUCUAUGAGUCCUAUUCUUAUUACUGACUCAAGAGGUAAUGUUAUAUUCACAGCUGGUGGUUCUGGUGGUAGUCGAAUUAUUUCUUCGGUUGCUCAAGUUGCUAUCUAUAAUCUUUGGCUGGGAAAAAGUAUUCGAGAUGCUGUCGAUAUGCCUCGACUUCAUCAACAACUUAUUCCAAUGGAGCUUGAACUAGAAAAACGUUUCCCUGUGAAUGUAGUACAUGGUCUUCUAGCAAAAGGUCAUACAAUAUCAGGUUUUCGUGGUGGAUGUGUUGUACAAGCAAUCGAACGUCGUCAUUCAAAUGAACUAUGGGCAGUGAGUGAUGCUCGAAAAGGUGGUGCACCUGAUGGACUUGGCUAUAAAAAUGUUACGAAGAGUUUUCAAAAUUGGUUUCGUCGUACAUUUAAACGAAGUAAAGAACAACGAUUAUUGGAACAAGAAAUUGAGAAAGGACGAUUAUUAACACCAAAAUGA